ACCGUUUGCCCUUAGAGUGGGGCACGCUCUGUUUAUCGAGGUAUGUGAACCUCCUUACAGUCUCAUCCCCAACACGCACCUCGAUCGUCCGUGAAACGCUCGCCUGAUGGCCUCUCCAUUACCUUCGUCCUCCUCGAUCGCAACGUCGCCCGAGUCGUCAGGGCCAGUCGCGCCGAAUCCUUCUAUUCAAAAGAGCUUCUCUUGCGUUCUAUGCGCUUCACGGAAGGUCAAAUGCGACAAGAGCCCCGGUGGUUGUGGAAACUGCACGAAAGCCCGCGUCAAAUGCAUAUACAAGACACCUCCGCCUCCACGGAGGAGGAAAAAGGGCGUCCGGGAGAUUGAUGUCCAUGCUAGGUUGCGACUGUACGAAGACGCGCUGCGGAAGUUGGGUGUCGAACCCGCCGACCUGGAAAGGGAAGAGCUUCACAAACUGCAGGUUCGAAGGGCAUCCUUGGUGGAGAACACCUUCUUUGAAGAAGAUGCAGAAAGGGCUCAACAUGGACGUAGAAACUCGGAUGCAGGUGUUCUCAUCUCAGGAGACGGAAAGUCAAGAUAUCUAGAGAACCAGCUGUGGACAAGCUUGAGGGGAGAGUUUCGAGACUCAAAGGAGCUUUUAGAGGAAUCUUCCGAAGAGGAGGAUUUCCAGGACUCGAGCGGUUCAUCGCCCGUAGCAUUCUCAAAUGACGGAAGCAAUCUACUCUUUGGUAUUGCAAAGUCGGCAACGAACCUUCGCCAUGCUCAUCCCCAGCCCGUACAAGUCUUCAAACUCUGGCAGACAUACCUUGACAACAUCAACCCUCUCGUCAAGGUGUUUCACACGCCCACAGUUCAGCAACAAAUUCUUAAUUCCAGUGGGAACCUGGAUGAAAUUCCAAAAAACAUCGAAGCCUUACUGUUUGGCAUAUAUUGUAUCUCUCUUGGGUCAAUCGGAGACGCCGAAUGCGACGCGAUCAUGGGCGAGCCCAAGGCCAUUGUCACUCAACGAUUCCGGUCAGCCGCCCAGCAUGCUUUAAUCAAUGCCAACUUCCUCAAAUCUUCCGACCUGAUGGUUCUCCAGGCAUUCGUUCUGUUUCUACUCUCUCUGCAAAACUACGAUGCUCGCGUCAUCUUCAUACUCACAGGAAUAGCAGGCCGAAUUGGCCAACGACUAGGCCUCCAUCGAGAUGGCGAAAUACUCGGACUCCCUCCCUUUGAAGUUGAAAUGCGAAGGCGCUUGUGGUGGCAGAUUAUGUUCCUCGAAGGUUUCGCCGAAAAGCUGGCCGGUACUGGAAGCAAAAUCUUCAUGGGAGACACCAAGAUGCCUUCGAAUCUGAACGACAGUGAUCUUUUCCAAGGCAUGAAGGAAAUACCCAAGGAGCAUGAAGGAGCAACCGAAAUGAUGCACUUCCUUAUCAGAUGCCAUGGUGGACAAUUCUUAAAACGUGCGGCUACUAUCGGCACACCUUUGCACAACUUCGAUGGCGCCUGGAACAGGUUGAGCUCUCCUUCAAUAAACGUUGCUGCGAAGGACAAAGCCAUUGAUGAACUCGAGGCGAUGCUCCACCACAAAUUCCUCCAGUAUUGCGAUCGCUCCAUCCCGUGGCACUUCAUGUGCUCUUACCUCGUAAAGGCCCUUAUUUGUAUGAUGCGGUUCAUGGCCCAUAAUUCGGAAGUAUCUACUAAUGGGACAUCUAAGAUGGCCCAGGCUGAAAGGGAUGUGCUGUUCAACAUCUCCCUUGAAGUAUGCUCAUUCCAAAUUCUGGCGUAUACAACCAAGGAGAUGCAAGGCUUCCUGUGGCAUGUCAACAUGCACUUCCAAUGGAAGGCGUUAAUCUACCUGAUCUCGGAGCUCCGCUACCGCACUGAGGCUCCCCUAGCGGACGAUGCAUGGAAAAAGGUCCAAAUGGUAUUUGACUUUCAUCCUAACUUUAAUAAAGAGGUGUCAAAGAGAGCACUCCCUAUCGCCAUCGGCAAUUUAACGCUCAAGGCAUGGGAUGCAUAUUUGACAGCGCGCGGAAUGCCGGAAGGAGGUGAACCAUAUUUCAUCCAGGUCCUUCGGUCCCAACGGAUGAAGGCUAAGUCCUCGAGAACGCCUUCUGAGCAGUCGGAGCUCCCUCCGACUCAGUAUCCUGCAAGUACAUCUCUCGAUGAUGGGAUGAACUUGCCUCCCGAGAGUGUUACUCAGAAAGUUGACCCUCUCCAGUCUUUCCAGUGGAAUCCUGAGCUUGCCGCCAGCCUUGAUAUCUCUCCUGUUAUUCCUGACCUACCUCCUCUCGAUCCGGAUCAGAUGAAUUGGUCGGCUUGGGAAAAUCUGCUGGUGGACUUCUCGAUGCAGGAUGCGACUGCACCGUUCUCAGCCGCCAAUGGCUUUGGCUUUGCAGGCCAGUGAAAUCCCAUUCACCAUCAUAUUAACCGUCGAAAGUCC